UCUCAAGUUGAUCUUGUUUAAUCAGACUUUAGUUACAUGAAAUCGGUUUACGAAGCAAAUGAUCUACCCUUAGUGGAAGAAUAUGACUACAUCGUGAUUGGAGGUGGCACAGCCGGAUGCCCUUUGGCGGCAACUCUUUCAGAAAAAUACUCAGUCCUUCUCCUUGAAAGAGGCAACACCCCUAAAGCUCACCCCAAUGUGUUAAGUGCAUCCAAGAAUAUGGCUACUCUCAUGGAAGAAGACGACGGUGAUACGCCGGCGCAGAGGUUUACAUCGGAGGAAGGUGUGGAGAAUUUCAGAGGUAGAAUUUUGGGAGGGACUAGCAUGAUUAAUGGUGGUUUCUUUUCAGAAGCUGACAAUGAUUUUCUUGCCAAGUCCGGGGUUGAAUGGGACUUGGGUGAGGUUGAUAAGGCGUAUAAGUGGGUGAGAGAUAGUAUAGUGUCAUAUUCCAAUCUGUCAGCAUGGAAUUCUGCAGUGAAAGAAGCUUUGUUAGAAGCUGGCAUUGGUCCUGACAAUGGAGCCACUACUAAACAUAAGCUAGGAACUAAACAAUCUGGUUCUACUUUCGAUGAUCAGGGUCGAAGACAUGGAGCUGUGGAGUUGCUCAAUAAUGGAGACCUAAAAAACUUGCGAAUUGCAAUUCAUGCUUCCGUCAAGAGAAUUAUUUUCUCCACUGAGUACUCAAAUCCAGCUGCUAUAGGAGUUAUAUACAUCGACAGAAAGGGGAGGUCUCACAAGGCAUUCGUACGCAAUAAAGGAGAAGUAAUACUGAGUGCAGGUACACUUGGAAGCCCUCAACUUUUGUUACUUAGCGGAAUUGGUCCCCAAUCAUACCUCUCAUCGCAACAUAUUCCCUUAGUCCACUCCCAACCUAAUGUAGGAAAAUUUAUGGCUGAUAACCCACGUAACACUAUUAAUCUCAUAAUCCCAUUCCCAUUACAAGGAUCAUCAGGACAAAUUGUAGGAAUUACUAAUGAUUAUUACAUAGAGACCUUCGCUUAUAGCUUGCCAUUUUCUCCAACCAAAUUACCUUUCGGCUUUUACCCCAGGCCACUAACACCACCACAAUUGAGUCUAGGAUCCAUUGUUGAAAAAGUCGUAGGACCGUUGUCCACCGGUACACUCUGGUUAGCUUCAAAGACUAAUGUUAAAGCUACACCACAUGUCCAGUUCAACUACUUUUCUAACCCAAUCGACCUAUCGCGGUGUGUUGGUGCGAUGAGCAAGUUUGGUGAAUUGCUGAAGACCAAGUCAUUGGAUGGAUUUAAGUACGUGGAUUUAAAUGGUGUUAGGGAUUUUAUGUUCCUGGGGCCUCCUUUGCCGACCAACCUGUCGGAUGAUUCGUCCAUGGAGGAUUAUUGUCGAAGCUCAGUAACGUCCUUUUGGCAUUAUCAUGGCGGAUGCCUAGUGGGGAAGGUUGUGGAUGAAAAUUUUAAGGUUAUUGGGACUGAUUCACUUCGAGUUGUUGAUGCUUCAACGUUUGUUAUGUCCCCUGGGACCAAUCCUCAAGCCACCCUAAUGAUGAUUGGCCGAUAUAUUGGGCUUAAGAUGCUGAGAGAAAGAACAUAG